AUGCCAAUGGACAGAUACCAAUAUGUCAGCAAUGUCUGGAGAGAUGGCAUCUUUGAUGGCAAAGUAGUCUUCUGUACUGGCGGCGCAGGCACCAUCUGCUCAGCCCAAGUUCGCGCCAUGGUCGCGCUCGGAGCAAACGCCUGCAUCGUAAGCCGCAACACUGAGAAGAUUACAGCCAUGGCCAAAGAUCUCGAAACCGCACGCCCCGGCGCAAAAGUCAUCGGUAUCGGCGCAAUCGAUGUCAGGAAGCCCGAGCUCCUCGAACAAGCCGCCGCGCGCUGCGAGAAAGAGCUCGGAAGCAUCGACUUUGUCAUUGCAGGCGCAGCAGGCAACUUCCUCGCUUCCUUUGACCAGAUCUCGACAAACGCCAUGAAGUCUGUCAUCGACAUUGACGUCUUGGGUAGUUGGAACACGGUCAAGGCAACGAUGCCGUAUCUCGAGAAAUCGGCCAAGAAGCACAGGACGGAUGGGUUGACUGUGCCUGCCAACGGUACAGGCGGCCGAAUCAUCUUUGUCAGUGCCACACUCCAUUAUGCAGGUACACCGCUACAAGGCCACGUCUCGGUCGCAAAGGCAGGUGUAGAUGCCAUGGCCAUGUCAGUAGCAAUUGAAAAGGGUCCUUUGGGUGUUACAUCCAAUGUCAUUGCUCCCGGGCCCAUUGGAAACACCGAAGGUAUGGCGCGGUUGUCUAAACCAGAUGCGCUGAGCAAAUUGGCCAAGAACAUUCCCUCGGGUCGUCUCGGCUCGGUCAAGGAGAUUGCGGAUGCGACCGUGUUCUUGUUCUCCGACGCGGGCAACUAUGUCAAUGGCGAUACCAUUGUUGUUGAUGGCGGCGCGUGGCGGAACGUGGGCGUGGGAAGCGGCGAUCAAUAUCCUGAGAUUGUGCUUGCUCCUGAGAGCUCCAAGGCGAAACUAUAG